AUGCCUCCCAACUCCUUCUCGCCCCUCCAACAAGGCCAGCCAGGCUCCUUCCUCCCAGGCGGCCCAUCGGCCACUUUCAAUCCACCCGUCUCGUCCAGCACAACGGGAUACCGACUGAACCACCUCGCGAUCCGGGUCCGGGAGCCCUCGCGCUCUCUACACUUCUAUGUCGAUCUUCUCGGGAUGCGAGUCGUGUUCAGCAUGAACGCCGGCCCCUUCACGAUCUACUAUCUGGGCCACCCGCCGCCUGACACAGACGAUCUGGGCGACUGGGCCGAGAAGACAAGUCAGAUCCCUGUGAUGACGCGGACGGAGGGGUUGCUUGAGUUGUAUCAUGUGCAUGGGACGGAAGGCAAUAGCGAGGAAGUCUCGACGGGGAACCAGCCGCCGAACCUGGGUUUUGCGCAUUUGGGGUUCACGGUUCCGGAUACCAAGGCUGCGGUGGAGAGGCUGAGGGCGGCCGGAGUGCCGAUCCUGAAGGAGGUGGGUGUGUCGUCGAGGGAGGCGGUGCCUUUGUCGGAGUGGGAGGCUGCGAGGGGAGUUGGGAGGGGCGAGAUCCAUGAGAAUUAUGCGUGGUUUUUUGAGAAGUUUGCUAUGAUUGCUGAUCCGGAUGGAUAUAUGGUUGAGCUGAUUCCGCAGAGCGUUGAGUGA